ACCAACAAAGAUGCCUAUCUCAGAUCAAAUAGAAAUGUGUUCUGAGGCACGUAAUGCAGGUAUUUAUAGUGUAGUACUCAGGCAUGUCAGGUUGUCCCCAUGGGUUGCCUGUCAUUUCCCUUGUACAAACUGUACUAACAACUGCGCUGACCGCAACUAUCUCGACUGCCACGAUACCGGUGGUGGCUCAUCACGAGCCACAUAUCCCAGCAUUAAUUAGGCCGAUGUGACGUUUCUUCGAACACAUCUUGGACGAGGCACUCGAGGAAGAGUGCGAUAGUGAAGGUAAAAAAGGAGACUCCCGAGGUUAAAGCCAUGAUUAGUCAUAAUGCGCCCGUGGGGGGGGUUCAUGUCUACCAUUACCCCUCUAGACUCUUCCCUAAGGCCUUUGCCGAGGUGCCCAAUAAAGAAGACCCACAUAAUUUCAAUACUUCAGCCACCAAUUUACAUGUCUCAUUAUCUCAAAUGUUGAUUCGGACCAAUGACUCCAGUUACCAUAGAACUCCUUCUGAAUCCCAGUCAAGCACAUCCUUGCUCAAACAAACUAAACCUUCGAAACUCUGCUCGAGGCUAAGGUUGACAAUCAUACUCGUUUGCCUCGUUGCUCAGUUCUCCCUUGAGGAAAGUCAUACUACCCGGUCCCUCGGUGAGAACCUCUCCUCUUAGUCUACUGAGCCAGUUGAGCAACGACAUUCC